AUGAGUCGUUACAUUCCGUCAGAAGCUGCUUUUAAAAACAGUAGUGAAAUUGAUCUAUAUGUGAUCCAAACUUUUGGCAAAAUCGUAGCACCAGAACGUAUUCUGCAAUCUUGGCUUUCUAUUGCAAAUUUAUACUUUAAGAUUGGAAACUAUUCUCAAUCUGAAAAAUUUCUUUUGGAAUUGUUAAGAAUACAACCUCAUAAUCAAGAGGCAAAUGAACUUCUUGGUACCGUUUACGAAAACCAAGGAAGAUUGAAAUUAGCUUUAGAAUUUUAUGAGAGAGCUCUUUGUAAUAAAAAUGCUUCACACAAUCAUGCUUUUGUUGCGGCUGAACUUUGUUUAAAAUUAAUCAAAAAACAAAAAGAUGAAGCUGAAAUAAAAAAAUUGGCGGACAAAGCUCUAAAUUGGAUAAAGCGAACACGUCUUACAAACAAAAAAUAUAUUCCUCGUGCAGUACAUUUAAUGAGUCAAGUAUAUUCUAUCCUUGUUCGAUACGCUGAAAGACAAUCUGAUAAACGAGGAUGUUUAAAAUAUCGUAAAGGGAAUGCUCCAGCUAGUAUUAAAUGGAUCGAUGAUUCCGUCAAAGAAUUGAUAACGGUUGAAGAUACUUUCAUAGAUCCUGGUUUUAACAUAAUUUUAACAAAAGCAAUAUUAAAACUUCCUGAUUAUCAACGAGCAUGGGAAAAUAUAAUUCAACGUCGUUAUAAUUUCGUCGAUAAUUUCGAAUGGAAUCUCUUUGUUAAAAAUACAUUCCCAAAAUUAAGAUUUUGGGUUACUGAUAACUCAAAAGAAUUAUUACAUGAACCAACAGAAAUGAUUUUCUUUGCUUGUGAUAAUAUAGUAAGAUUGUCUUUGAAAUUCAAAUCACGAGAAGAAGCUGGUAAACUUGUGAAAGAAUUUUCUGAACUCGUUAUGAAUUGGGAAAUACCGUCAUCACAAAAUCGUCAAUUAUUGGAAAAAUGGACUCGCUAUCAACAGGAAUAUCAAUCUCGAAGUUUACGACAUGAAAGUUUUUUCCGAUUCAAUUUGGCCUCCGCGGAUUUGAACCAUUAUCGGUCUUCAGAUUUCAAAUUAAUCAAGAAAAACCAAGAUCAUCUUAAUGAUGCUUAUCUAAAUUUUAAAGCAUGUUUAUAUUUUCGUAGAGAAACAUUCCGUGAUCCUACUUGUCCCAUUAGUCAUUUCAUAUAUUUAAUGUGUCAGCGUAUUAGUGAUGUAUCACAUCAAUUGUUAAUCCUUUUACAAUGUUUUGAUUAUGAAUGGAUUAAUAAAAGUGAUACUGCAUUGCAAAUUUUGAGAACCGAUACUCAAGACGAUGAUGAUGGUGUUAAACAAAAAUUUUGUUUGCCUACACAUAAAAGUCUUCUCAACGAUUUAUCCCAAAGUGUUGGUAAAGAAAAUUUCAAGGAAUUAGACCUUCUUAAAUGGUUGACAAAGACAAUCUAUAAAAUUGACAGAAUAGCUUUAUGUGCUCCAUAUGAUUUGGAUCGUUUUUUAAUGGUUUCAGCGUGGCAUAUAGAAAAUGGUGCUCUUCGAGAUUGGUUGCGAGACAUUUUCCCAAGAUUACAAGAUCACCCAAAAAUUCAAGAAUCAGAAAUAAUUGACAACAAAUCGGCACCUUUUCAAGAUAUUUAUUCAUUUUUUAUUAAAGUACCUUCAUACGAACAAUUAGAAACCAAUUUGACUCAAUUAUUACCGAGUCAAAAAAUUAUCUCCAGGAUAGAAGUUCCAACAUUGAUGGACAUUGAAUUUUUUCUUUUAAUAUUACUCAUUCAAAGACAUUAUCAUUGUGUCAUUGAAAGAAAAGCAGAAACAAUUGGACAGAUUUUAUAUUUGUCAACACAGGGUUGUUGGAAACCACGCGAAAGUAACAGGAAAUUCUGGAGAACAUUAUUGUCUUUAUACGGAAAGAAUUUUCAAGAUAAACGAGUAUAUACCAACGAUGUAAUGUCCGAUGAUGAACUUACUCAAUGUCUCAGGGAAAUUCGAGGUGAUUUUAAUAUCCAAGAUUAUGACUACAAUAAAGAGCAAAUCCAAACGGUGGUUAAUUUACAAGGAGAUCUGUAUUUGGUGAUGGCACUUUUUUACGAGAAUAUGCUUACACGUCAUAAACAAUUCCGAACGAUAGAAGGACUUCGGUGUAUCGAAAUUUAUCAAAAUUGGGAAAGGAAUAUUUCUAAAGAAAUGCCUUCUAGUUGUUUGCCGAAAGCUGGAAAAUCAAGAAAAUUUUCAGUUUUGGAUGAUGAUAUUAAUGAUCCAGGAUAUCGAAGGUUUAUUCCUGCUGAUGCCAAUAUAAAUGACUUGGCAGAACAAUUUUCAUUGGCAUUUAAAGAAAGAGAUGAUUCUAUAAAACAGAUGUAUCAAACAACACAGCAAUGGGAUACACUUGAAGAAUGCGAAAGUUUUCUGAAUAAAUAUGCGGAUGCAAAGAUAUUACCGAAAGAAAAUAAAAAAAAUAGUAAAUUUGUAACAGUAAAUAACGAAAACCAUUCAAUCACCAUUAAUCUAUUAAAUGAAGAUAGGGUAACUGAACUUGAUGAGAGUGAGGACGAAGAUGAGAUAUCCGAACUUGAUGAAAGUGAGGACGAAGAUGAGAUAUCUGAACUUGAUGAAAGUGAUGAUGAAGACGAGAUAUCUGAACUUGAUGAAAGUACAGAUGAUGAUAGGAUGUCUGAACUUGAGAAAAGUUUGGAAUCAAGUGAAGAAUUUGACGAAGAUUUUUUUACUCCAUCUGUAUCUGCUUCUAAAAUCAAUGAAGAAAUUCAGGAAAAUAAAGAAGCAUCAAGUGACAUUACAAAUAUUCAAGAUAUUCAAGAUCGUAUUAAUAAUAUCGACUUUAACGACGAUACUAGUAAAGACGACGCUAAUGACAUUGAUUUGAGUCGGGAUGAUGACUUAGUCCGCGUGGAUCAAGAAAUUCCGGAAAUUCAGGAAAAUAAAGAAGCAUCAAAUGAUAAAGAUUCAUCAAAUGUCAUUACAGAUAUUCAAGAUAUUCAAGAUCGUAUUGAUAACAUUGACUUUAACGACGAUACUAGUAAAGACGACGCCAAUGACAUUGAUUUGAGUCGGGAUGAUGACUUGGUCCGCGUGGAUCGAGAAAUUCAAGAAAAUAAAGAAUCAUCAAGUGAUAAAGAAUCAUCAAGUGACAUUACAAAUAUUCAAGAUAUUCAAGAUCGUAUUGAUAAUAUCGACUUUAUCGACGAUACUAGUAAAGACGACACUAAUGACGUUGAUUUGAGUCGUGACGAUGAUUUGGUCCGCGUGGAUCGAGAAAUUCAAGAGAUAGAACCCCAACAUGAAAAUAUCUCAAAUAUUUCAGGUGACCAACAAUUAGAUGAAAAUAUUUCAAGUGACCAGCAGUUAGAUGAAGAUAUUUCAGGUGAUCAACAAUUAGAUGAAGAAUGGGAUGUGAGCAUUAUAGAAAAAGCCGAAAAAGAUGAUGAUAUAUUUAAUGAAAAUAUUGAAGAACAAAUAAACUCAAACGAUAAAUAA